AGACCGUAUGAAAGUUCACAAUGAAUACGUUUUCAGGAAAAAUGUCUUCAAGAGGUUGAUGCCAUUUUUGGAGACUCAGACAGGCCUUGCAGCUUCCAGGACACUCUGGAAAUGAAGUAUCUGGAACGCUGCAUCAUGGAAACUCUUCGAAUGUACCCACCAGUGCCAGUAAUUGCUCGAGAGAUCCAACAAGAUCUGCAGCUAGCCUCCAUGGACAAAGUAGUGCCAGCACACUCAACGGUGGUGAUUGCCACAUUCAAACUGCACCGCCGCCCUGAUAUCUACAAUAAUCCUGACCACUUCGACCCGGACAACUUCCUGCCAGAAAAGUCUGCCAGCAGACACUACUACUCCUUCAUUCCCUUCAGUGCAGGGCCCCGAAGCUGUGUUGGGCGGAAGUACGCCAUGCUGAAACUCAAGGUCAUCCUCUCGACCAUCCUGAGGAACUUCAAGGUAGUCGGUGGGAAGAAACAGCCCAACUGGCAGCUCCAAGCCGAUAUAAUCCUGAAGAGGACAGACGGGUUCAACAUCAAGCUUGUACCUCGUAAGAGAGGAGUCGAAGGUGGCAGUCCGACCGCCUAGACACCCUAAAGUCAAUAUCUCAAAGUGUGAUCGUUGUUGAAGUUUAGCAAAUAUAUUUAUUAUCCUGUUUA